AUGGCCAAGAGCAAGUUCGAGUACGUGAAGGAGUUCGAGCGGGAUGACAAUUGUCUGCCGAACUGCUGGAUCGUCAUUCGUGUGGACGGUAGAAACUUUUCCAAGUUCUGCGACACGCAUCAAUUCGUUAAGCCGAACGACCUGGCCGCGCUUGAGCUGAUGAAUCGCGCAGCUAUCACCGUUCUGGAGAACUUCAAGGAGAUUAUAUUGGGUUUCGGCCAAAGCGAUGAAUACUCAUUCGUCUUCCGAAAAGACACGCAGCUUUACAAGCGCAGAGGCUGCGGUCAAACUGCCUUUACAAAUACUUCGAAGCAGCCUUAA